AUGCUCGCGGGGCUCACAGCGCGCUACUCGAGGGGAGCCGCGGCCGCGCGCUCCGCCGUCGCGCGAUGGUCUGCCGUCUCAGCAACGCUUCUCCCAACCGCACAUGCGCCACCUGCCUCACCCAUCCUCCCUCCUCCCGCACCCCCCUCCCUCUCCACACCCACCUCCACCACUCCCCACCCCUCCCCGCCUCUCUCCUCCUCCUCCUCCUCUCCCCACUCCUCCCUCUUCACUCAAACCAUCCCCUUCGCCAUCCACCCCCUCAUCCCCGCGCCUCUCCCCACCACCUCCUCCAUCACCCCCACCUCACCCGCCCUCCCCUUAACCCCCACGCGCACCUUCGUGCAGCUGCGCACCAACCUACAAGUCGCCGACAACUCGGGCGCGCGUCGCGUGCAGUGCAUCAAAGUCCUGCGCGGGCGCGCGCCCAACGCGGCAGGCCUGGGCGACGUGAUCAUCGCCUCAGUGAAAGACGCGGAGCCGCGGGGGAAGGUGCGCAAGGGGGAGGUAGUGACGUGCGUGGUGGUGCGCGCCGCCACGCACCACAAGCGCAAGGAUGGGACCGAGGUGCGGUUUGACGGCCCGGCGGCUGUGGUGAUCAGCAAGGCGGGGGAGCCGGUGGGGACGCGCGUGUUUGGGCCGGUGCCUCAUGAGCUGAGGGCGCGCAAGAUGCUGAAGCUGCUCACCCUUGCACAGCACGUCAUAUAA